AUGAAGCCUGCCGUCGAUGAUUCACGAUUGGAGACAGAAUUGGUGAAAAAAGCUAUAAAAAACUGGGAUUUAAAUCGACUUCUGGGGCUUCAGGAAGAAGUUACACGAGAAAUAGCGGAUCGGGUCCAAGUUCUCGAAAACGAGAUCGAACGCCUGAAGGAAAGACCAGAUUUGAGUAAUCAUUUCACGCAACACAUUGAACAUGAUUCGGGGCAAAAUGGGGGGCAUCCGCUACUCAAAAUCGAAGAGAACGAGAACGCAAACUUGCGGGAAGAGGAGGACCGUCAUCAGAUGUCAAAAAAACGUAAGAUUUCAAAUUCCGGACACGAAACUAAAAACCAGUCUGCGCAAUCGAGCCAAGCACUAGGUGGUCAAGAGGAUUUCUUGAUUCCUGGAACUUUGGAUAUGCAAAGCAAAGACAUAAAUUUUAGCUCGCCUUUGAAGCCUGCACAAACCGUGGAAGCCAAGUUCGACAAGUCAAGUCCAAUAAGGAGGCGUCAUUUGGCUGUUAUAAGCGAUUCGGAGGGCGAAUUGGAAUGGUCAGAUACAGAAGAUCAAGAACCUCUCGAUCCUGGAACGAUUCAAGUGAAAGCAGAGACAGAAGGAGAAUUACACGCAGCUUUAGCCAAUGACUUCGAGAACGAAUCGCCGCCAAGGCGAAGAAAAUACACCCUCAAUGAAAACCCAUUCUCCAAAAAACCUUGGAUUUUCGAAGAUUUCAAAGCGAACGACUCAAUCGCCGCCUCUGUGAAACCCGGAGUUAGUGCUUCAGUUGCGAGAAUCUCCAGAUUCCAGUCAGCAGCUGGUAUACCGGUUUUGAACCAGAAACUUGUCUUGAACCCACACAAAGGAUUUGAACUUGUUAAUGACAACCGCAUGGUAACGAAUGCUAACGGAAAAAGUGAUGGUAUCGAUGGUGUAUUUGACAAUUUGAGACAGCGAUCAAAGUCCCCACCUGGAUAUGGUCGUCUAGACUUCCCUAAUACUCAAGAAAACGAUGCCGAUAUCGUUAAAUCUCGCGAAAUUUUGUACAAUAAAACAAAAGACAGAUUUUUGAUGGCCACAAGAAGUGACCUGAGCCCCAGCAAAAGAGGCUUUGUCUUCAGAAACAUGCAAUUGAAUGAUAUUGUUAAUGAAGGCGAUUUUGAGUGGGACUUAAAGUCGCUGCAGAUCUUUUCGCGGGCGAAGGUACGAAAGUGA